AUGUAUAAAUACAGGAGGUUUGCUUCCAAAAGUUCACACAAACUAUGUAACCGAUUGUAUCCAAAAUACAGUUUACCAGUGGAUAAGCAAAAUGAACUAGAUAUAUUGGAGGCAAUUUCUGAGGAUAUAGUUAAGCUGCAUAAACGUCUUGAUAUUUGUGGACGUCUUAAUCAUAUAUCUAUUUGUUUUGAUCCAGUUUAUUAUGGGGAUAAUGUUUUUUUAUAUGGAUUAGAUUUGGCAGGAAAUACAAAUACUUGUAUUUUUUAUAAAGCUUGCGAAAUUUGUCGGAUACUGGAGAAGGCUAUUCGUUUACAUAUUGAUGUUUAUAAAAGGGUUAAUGAGGAAAUAAAUGUAAUUAGUGGAUUAGAAAAACUUUCUUGUCUUGAAACAUGUGUUUUUCGCUCUUUGUGUGUAUUUGACGACCUAAUUUCUUUGAAUUACGUUGAAAAGGGUAUGUUUCUUAUAGCGUUGUUUAAGGUUUUGGAUUCUGAGAUUCUUGAAUGGUUUUGUUUUGGAGGUCAUAAAAAAGAAAUGAAUGCUUUAUUGGUCUUUUUGAAUGAUUUAUUUAGGGAUAAUUCUUCUGUUUGUGAUAUUUUGUUUAACAAUGAUAUGGGGAAAGAGAUGAUGAUUUUAUUUUUUUCUUUUUCUGAAAAAAUGUAUAUGGAUGAAAUAUCAAAUAAUUUUGAAUUGUUACAAUCUUUAUUUUUUUCAUUUAUACAAAAUGAUAAAGUACAUGAAUUAUUUGUCUUGAUGAAUAAAUCUGGUUUUCAAAUUAGUGAUUCUCAAUUGGUUUUUUUGAAAUUUUUGAAUACAUUUCUUUCUAAUUAUACUAAUCAAAAAAUCAUAAUAUCUGAAAAAAUGUGUGAAUUCAUAGAAUCUAUGUUAAAUUUAUUCUGUUUAUCGAUGGUUGAAAUAGUAAAAACGCAAGUAUUUGAUAGCAAUCAAAUAUUCAUAAAAAGUCAAAAAAUACUAAAAGCAACUGAAAUAUUGAUUUCUUGUGCUUUUCAUGUGUCAAAGAAUUCCAAGGAAAAGCAAUUACUUUUGAAAAAUGAUUUAUUAAAAAGCUUAAUAAAUCUUCUACAAUCUAUAGAUGAUUAUAGUAUGACGCAAAAUAAAACAAGUAAAAUUUUAAGCAAUAAUUCUAAUAAAGUUUCAUUUCCAUAUUUUAAAAGAGAUAUUAUACAAUUAUUAUCUACAUUAUGUUUUAGAAACAAGAAAGUUCAGGAUGAUAUACGAGAGUUACAUGGUUUGGGUUUGAUAUUAUCUCAAUGUAGAAUUGAUGAUGAAAAUCCAUAUUUAAGAGAGUAUGCAAUAUUUUGCUUGAGAAAUGUGCUUGAAGAUAAUGAGAAAAACAAAGAGCUUUUAAGGAAUAUGAAACCUAUUGGAUUACAAAAUUCUGAAAUUACUGAUAAAUUGGGUCUGACAUUGGAAAUAAUGAAUAAAACACGUAUUUCAAUAUAA